AUGGCACGACAGUCGUCCACAUCGUCGCAAAUGUCGCAAUCCUUGUCUGACGGAAAUCACAAACCCGCCGUACAUAAAGCACAGCGACAGCACGUCGUUGGCCAAAGCCGGAUGCAACGGAAUGUAUCGACUGGGAAAAACCUUCACAAGCUCAAUAAAACCACCCAGGCUCACGCAGGCGACGGGAACUCGCGACAUCACCGCCGACAUCCUUCUGGUGGUAAGGAUCCCAACUCUGCGCCUAGCAGUCCCAGGCCAGGCUUCAAGCGCAAUGCGUCGACGGGUGGCGUCAUCAGAGCUGCGCAUCCGCAACACACACACGCUGCGAUACGGAAGAACCACUCCAGUGGCCACCUAGCCCGGCAAGUACACCAUGCGAAAGCCGCCUUGAAGUCGUCGCGAAGCGAAGUGGCUCCGCCGAAACGAUCUUUACUGCAGACGAGCAGAACACGCGAAAGCUCCCCUGAAGGGCGACCUACAGUGCAAUUUGACGUAGGAGACGACGAGUACGAAGGCGCUGAUGAUGGAUGGACAGAGGAGAGCGCAUCGCAAUCACCUACGACCACUAGAUCGAACACGCGCUCCAACUCGGUGAUACUGGAGCAGCAGAAGGCGAUGGGACAGGCUGCGGCAGAGCCGAGCGCCGCGGCGCAACCAUCACAGAACCAGCGGCAGGAUAUUUCCGCGACGCAGACGUUACCCGACCGUACGAGGCACGCACAUACUGCGAAUGGAGGCGAAUCACAUUCCCAUCGGUCGAGACCGCCGGAUGCAGACGUCAUCACCUCUAAGCUUCUGCAGCGUAGCUUUUCUAACCUUCCAACGGCGCAGCUGUCGCCGGCCGCUCUUACCGUGGUAUCCGAGACAGCGAGAAGGGAGGGGAGAAAAGAAGUCAAAGUUCUCAGCCACAGCACAGGGUCGACGUUGGUCGAUACCCCGGGCAGAGACUUGGUGUCGCGCUUCAUGGACGCUGGAAGCUCCGGUGGAACGCCCAAGGGUAGCAGUUUCCUGCCCUCGCACAAUUCGCCGCAGGGCGCGGGAGAUGGUUUUGAUCAAGUUAAGCGCAACAAAUCCAUGCCCAAUUUCGCGGAGGCGGGGGCCUCAGCCAAAGGGCCGCUUCGCCGCUCCGGCACCAGCACCCCUGAUGACCCACCGUAUCAGUCGCGGACGCAGCAGAAGCUCAUGCUUCAGCGAGCAUCUUCGAACAUUGAACCGAAUAAGCUACUGCCCGCCGUCCUGCCACGCGGCGUGGUGCCGAACGGCUACGUCCAUGCGGGUAUGACGUUUGCGGCAAGCGGGGAAGGGCGGUUGGAUCCUAGACUACAGCAGCAGUUCAACCAUGUGGCCGUGGAGUACAAGGUCGUACGACGGUAUCGGAACCCGCUCGCAGAUGCGGUCCUGAGGAUACAGCAGCUGCCCGGCGUGGCGGAGAAGAUUCGGAAGCGCGAGAGCAGGUCCGGGAAGGGGUUGCAUGCUGCCGCGAAUGGGACGGCGAGUACACACGGAGCCAGCAGCCUGAGCACGAGCCUCAAUGAGUCGAGUGUCGAGGCGGCGGACAGGGGGCAUAGUCGGCGGCGGUCGAGGAUGAGUUUCGAGGGGAUGGAGAUGGGGAGGGAGGAAAGAGAGGGGGAUGGUGGUGGUGAGGGGAGACUAAGCUAUGAGAGUCAGAGGAGUGGGAUUGGAGGGGCCAGUAGUAAGGUUGAGGCGGAGAUGAGGGAGAUGAUUCGGAGGAGGACCGAGGCGGAGGAGGUUUGUCGGCGGUUGUGGGAGAGUACGGAGGUGGUGGAGGGGGAGUGA